AUGUCUCCAAGACUUCACCCAUUUGAACCUGUUAAGGAUUAUGAAAUCAGAUUAGCAUCUAAGUUAGUCAAGGAUGCAUAUCCAGCUGCUGCCAAUGUCCAUUUUGUUCAAAUUGACAGAUUAGACCCUCCAAAGAAGGAUAUGAAGAAAUAUAUCCAAGCUGAAAGAGAUGGUUCUCCAUUACCAAACAUCCCAAGAAUCUUAUACUGUUACUACUAUACCAACACUUUAGACUUUAACAAGGCUUUGGUUAAUGUUAGUAUUGGUCACAUCAUCACCAAGGUCCAAUUACCAAAGGGUGUUGUUGGUCCAUUAUUACCUGAUGACAUGAUGGAAUGGGAAGAACACUGUAACAACCAUCCAAAGAUUCAAGAAGAAAUUGCCAAGUUGAAAUUACCACCUGGUUACACUGUCAGAAACGAUCCAUGGAUUUAUGCUACUGAUGAUGCCAAUGAAACUAGACCUUUGUGUCAAUUCUUCAUGUAUGUUCUUGCUGGUAAUGGACAUACUGAAUCUAACCAUUAUUCCCUUCCAUUGAAGUUCUCCCCUGUUUUUGAAUGUUUCACCAAGAAAUUCAUCAGAAUGGAUUACUUACCAGGUGGUUUCGAUGCCACCACUGUCCCAACCCAACCUUGGAUUCCAGUUCCAGCUGUUGAAUACCACCCAGACUUGAAUGGCGAAACCACCAUGAGAGAUGUUAAGCCAUUAUUGAUUUCUCAACCAGAAGGUCCUUCAUUCCAAGUUACUGAUGGUAACAAGGUUACUUGGCAAGGAUGGGAAUUCAGAGUUUCCCCAACUUCUAGAGAAGGUUUUGCUGUUUACGACGUUUGGUUCAAGGGAAGACAAGUUUUCUACCGUAUUUCUCUCUCUGAAAUGACUGUUCCAUACGGUGAUCCUCGUGCUCCAUAUCACAGAAAGCAAGCUUUCGAUUUAGGUGAUUGUGGUUUCGGUACCAACGGUAACCAUUUAGCUCUUGGUUGUGACUGUUUGGGUGUUAUCAAGUACAUGGAUGGUAUGGGUAUCCACGCCACUGGUGAACCAUUCAUCAUUCCAAACACCGUUUGUAUGCAUGAACAAGAUGAUGGUUUGUUAUAUAAGCAUGUCAACUACCGUACCAACAAUGCUGUUGUUGCCAGAAAGAGAAUCUUUGUUGUUCAAACAAUUGCUACUGUUGCCAACUACGAAUAUAUCAUCAACUUGAAAUUCGUCACUGAUGGUUCUAUUGAUAUUGAAACCAGAGCUACUGGUAUUCUUUCCACCAUGCCAAUUGAUCCAGAUGUCAAGGUUCCAUGGGGUACUGUUGUCGGUCCAAACGUCAUGGCUGCUUACCAUCAACAUAUUCUUUCCUUCAGAAUCGAUCCAGCCAUUGAUGGUCACAAGAAUACCGUUGUUUACGAUGAUGCCGUCAAGUUGCCACGUGAUGACUUCAACCCAUUCGGUAUUGGUUUCGUUACUGACAGAAAGUAUGUUGAAAAAGCUGGUCACAUUGAACAAUCUCCAUUCACCAACAGAACCUACAAGAUCAUCAACGAAAACAAGAUCAACCCAAUUUCUGGUUCCCCUGUUGGUUACAAGGUUAACAUGCCAGCCAGACAAAUGUUACUUGCUGACAAGGACUCUUUCAACUCCAAGAGAGCCAAGUUUGCCACUGAACAAAUCUGGGUCACCAAGUACCGUGAUCACGAACUUUUCGCUGCUGGUGAAUUCACUAACCAAUCUCACAGCGAUACUGGUUUAGGUGAAUGGGCUAAUGGUGUUGACGAUGUCAGAAAUGACGAUAUUGUCGUUUGGGCCACUGUUGGUUUCACCCAUAUUCCAAGAGUUGAAGAUUUCCCAGUCAUGCCUGUAGAUAUCCACAACAUCCAAUUGGCUCCAUUCAAUUUCUUUGACAAGAACCCAGCUUUAGACUUGCCUCAAUCUAACAAUGCUUUCAACAAGUCCAUUUUGGUUGGUGAUGAAAAGACCGAAAAGGCUUGUUGCAAGACUAAGAUCUAG